UUUGCUUUGUAUGGAAAUAUACAAUUAAAUAUUUCAAAUUAAUAAAACAAAUUCUCGAACUUUAUACAAAGACAUCCAAAAGGCUUUCAUUCUCUUUCUCUGUUUCUGCAUUUAUAUUCAUUUGAUAAGAAGAAGAAAACUUUACUUGCUUGCCCCAGGUGCUUUCUUCCUUAGGGUUAAAAACCUUCCAAAACCGUUGAACAAACCCAGGAAAAAAAAAAAAAACAACCUCAACAACCCCAUUGAUUUUGUUCUUUUGGGUUUAGGAAGAGGGAAGAAAAGUUUAAACCUUUGAGUGGUGGUGGGAAAAGGAAAAAAAAAAAAAAAGAUGAAGAGGGUGAAGAUGGACCCGUUUGUGCUACCCAACAGGCUCACACUGCUUCAAAUAUUCAUGGUGGUGAUGCUUCUUUACAUGCUCUUCAUGAGUUUCGAAAUCCCUCUUGCUUUCAGAGCUGGGUUUGGCUCUGUCUCUUCUGAAAGUGGUGGUGCUUUUGGGUUUCUCACCGACGCAUUGCCCAUGUCCAUGCCCAUGCCCAUGCCACUGUUGCAAGAAGAACUCCAAACCCAACAUGCAAUUCGACCCUCAGGGGAAUCCUUUGGGGUACCCAGAGGAUCGUUGUUGCAGAAAGUUUCCAGCUUGAGCUUCAACGAGAGCUUUUCGGAGGUUUCUGAACUGCACAAGGUUGCUAAGCAUGCUUGGCUUACGGGGAAGAAGCUGUGGGGCGAAGUGGAAAGUGGGAAAGUUGAGAGCUUUGCGAAGUUUAAGGUUGAGAACGGUUCGGACUCUUGUAGGGAUUCGAUUUCGCUGUCUGGGUUUGAGUUCAGGGAGCGUUUCAAGGGUGUGAUGGUGUUGCCUUGUGGGUUGACCCUUUGGUCUCACGUGACCGUUGUUGGGACCCCUCGUUGGGCUCAUGCGGAGCGUGACCCCAAGAUUGCGGUGUUGAGGGAUGGUGAUGAUGCUGUGAUGGUGUCACAGUUCAUGAUGGAGCUGCAAGGGUUGAAGGCCGUGGACAAGGAGGAGCCACCGAGGAUACUGCAUUUCAACCCGAGGUUGAAAGGGGAUUGGAGUGGGAAACCGGUGAUUGAGCAGAACACUUGCUAUAGGAUGCAGUGGGGUUCUGCUCUCAGGUGUGAGGGGUGGAGGUCUCGUGUGGAUGAGGAAACUGUUGAUGGACACGUGAAAUGCGAGAAGUGGAUUCGUGAUGACAAUAGUCAUUCGGAAGAGUGGAAGGCAACAUGGUGGUUAAACAGACUGAUAGGGAGAAAAAAGAAGGUGACCAUAGACUGGCCAUUUCCUUUUGCAGAGGGGAAAUUAUUUGUUCUCACCAUAAGUGCUGGCUUGGAAGGUUACCAUGUUAGUGUGGAUGGGAGGCAUGUGACAUCCUUUCCCUAUCGCACGGGCUUUGCUCUUGAGGAUGCUACUGGACUAUCCAUAAAUGGGGAUGUUGAUGUGCACUCUAUAUUUGCUGCUUCCUUACCUACUUCACAUCCUAGCUUUGCUCCACAGAUGCAUCUUGAAUUGCUUCCUCAGUGGAAAGCUCCUCUUCUUCUCAAUGCGAAUGUGGAGCUUUUCAUUGGUAUCCUUUCUGCUGGCAACCAUUUUGCUGAACGGAUGGCAGUGAGAAAGUCCUGGAUGCAACAUAAGCUAAUCAAAUCAUCACAUGUUGUGACUCGGUUUUUUGUAGCCUUGCAUGCAAGAAAGGAUAUAAAUGUGGAUAUAAGGAAAGAAGCAGAGUAUUUUGGAGAUAUUAUUAUAGUCCCAUACAUGGAUCAUUAUGACCUUGUUGUGUUGAAGACCAUAGCCAUCUGUGAAUACGGGAUUCGUUCAGUGGCUGCUAACUAUAUCAUGAAGUGUGACGAUGACACUUUUGUUGGAGUGGAUUCUAUCAUAAGCGAAUUAAGACAAGUUCAAAGUGAAAGAAGUCUGUACAUGGGAAAUAUGAAUUACCACCAUAAGCCUUUACGCCAUGGGAAAUGGGCUGUAACUUAUGAGGAAUGGGUAGAGGAAGAGUAUCCUACCUAUGCUAAUGGUCCAGGUUACAUAGUCUCAUCUGACAUUGCUCAGUUCAUUGUUUCUGACUUUGAGAAGCGCAGAUUAAAAUUAUUUAAAAUGGAGGAUGUGAGCAUGGGAAUGUGGGUAGAGCAGUUCAACAACUCAAGACCAGUAGAGUAUGUGCACAGCUUGAAGUUCUGCCAAUUUGGAUGCAUUGAAGAUUACUACACUGCACAUUACCAAUCACCAAGACAAAUGACCUGCAUGUGGGAUAAAUUGCAAACUCAGGGAAAACCACUCUGUUGCAACAUGAGAUGACAAAUGGUGAAGUUCUAUGGUCUUAAAACAUAUAUCUCUGUAAAUACACAGUUUUAGGAGGGAGUUGGGGGUGUAACUUUGAUACAUCACCUAGUUGUUCGUUGUUUUUUCCCCCCAUUUUGAUUCAUCUCCACACCUAAAAGUAUAGAUGGCCUAUGUAUAUCAUCAUAUAUACAGUGUUGAAGUUGGAUACCAUAGCAAUCAG